AUGGAGUUUCCAAACGCUCCGACUACUCCACUGAAAUUUCCGAAGGAACUGAAAAUUUUGGCGGUUGAGUUUUGCUCCAACAGCUCCAUCCACGGGGUAAAAUAUUUUGUCCGAAAACAACAACUGCUCAUAGAAAAAGUUUGGUGGAUCACGGUUUUUCUCGUUUCGUUGGUUUCGUGCAGCUCCAUGAUUCGAGCUGUGUACAACAAAUGGAACAGAGAACCCGUAAUUGUAACGUUUGAUGAACAAACCACACCGGUUUUCGACGUUCCAUUUCCUGCCAUUACCAUUUGCCCGGAAAUGAAAACUAGCUCCACGGUUUUCAACUUUUCGGAAGCUUACGAGGAAUUUCGCAGUGCUCCGGAGGGUGGUUUAAAGGAUGAAAACAGAUUGGAUAAAUUCUUGGCGCUGUGGCAAAUUUGUGACAUGGCAGAAGAAACUAUUUUUCCGGAACGAAUUCGAGAUAACAAGUGCGCCGAGUUGAUCCAGGAACUAGCAAUUCCGGUUGAGGACAUUUUCAAGCAGUGCAUUUGGCGCUACAAAGAGAUCGAUUGCGCCAAAGAGUUUAAACCGAUCAUAACCGAUGUAGGACUAUGCUAUACCUUCAAUUCACUGAUCGUGUCCGGGUUGGAGCGCAUUUCGAAUCUUAGUUUACAAGGUAGAGCUGAAGGUCCUCCCAAAAAUGUCGAAUGGACUUUGGAUCGUGGUUUCAAACAUCCCACAAAAAUUGACACAUAUCCAAGGCGUGUUUUGGGACCAGGUAAAAAGUCUGGAAUGAUUGUUGUUCUGAGGGCAAACAUCAAUGAUAUGGAUUUCCUAUGUGGGAAUUCGAUACAAGGAUUCAAAAUACUGAUUCACAGUCCGGCAGAUUAUCCGGAACUGCAGAAUCAGCAUCUUCGGCUACCUUUGAAUCAGGAAAUUGGACUGGGGGUGACUCCCUCGCUUUCAUACACUACUCCUACAAUUAUCCGGUAUGCUCCAGAGCGACGAAAGUGUUAUUUCAAUAACGAACGUUUCUUAAAAUUCUAUCGAACCUACACCCAAUCGAACUGUGAUCUGGAGUGUCUCACCAAUUUCACUCUGACUCGAUGUGCUUGCGUCCGAUUCUCGAUGCCUCGAUUGGAGGACACUCCGAUCUGCGGAGUAGGAAAAAUCCAAUGCUACGAGCAAGCGUACAUCGACUUUCUGGAGAUGGAACUUAAGAUGCUUCGUAAGAAUGAUACCAACUUCAGGAAAGCUUGCCAAUGCCUCCCGGCCUGUUCCUCGAUACGAUACACGGCGGAAAUUUCCCAAGCAGAUUUCGAAUGGUGGCGUAUGACCCGUAUGUGCAAAACCACAGUGGAAGCAAGAGAGAACAUCCAGAUGUCCUAUUUGGUGGUGUUUUUCAGGAAUGCCCAUUUUAUGGCCGUGAAACGAGCGGAGCUAUAUGGAAUAACGGACUUUUUGGCCAACUGCGGAGGCUUGAUGGGACUGUUCCUUGGAGUGAGCAUACUGAAUCUAGUUGAAAUUGUUUACUACUGCACUGUGAGACCGUUCAUGCUGGUGGUUUUGCUGGAUAACGAUUUCGGUGGUCACGUGCUGUUGGGUAACGCUGGUGGACUACUUUCGAUGGGUCGACAAUCCCACGGUGAUGAUAUUCGCUCCUGCUUUGAUCCCCAUCUGGAAGCUACCGUUUCCGGCAAUUACAGUUUGUCCUCUGGUGAAAGCCCGUUCGGAGGUUUUAGAUUUUAG